ACGCAGAAGGGCGGGGCGACGCGAGGCAGUCGGGAGAGCGGAGGCGAGGCUGGCGUUGCUAAGCGGGAGGGAGCAGGAAGCGGAGAGGCCAUGUUCCGCAUCGAGGGCCUGGGCCCCAAACUGGACCCGGAGGAGAUGAAGCGGAAGAUGCGCGAGGACGUCCUCUCCUCGGUCCGCACCUUCCUGCUCUACGUGGCCCUGCUGCGCAUCACUCCAUACAUUUUAAAGAAGCUGGACAGCAUAUGAGAACACAGGAGAUUAAAGGAUGUCCUGCAUCGACGACCAGGUGGACUGUGGCUGUUGUGCUACUGAACAGGCUGCAAAGAAGAGGCUCCAUAUCCUGACAAACUGAUUCGUAUGUUUCUCAUAAAGAUGCCUGGAAAGCUAUAGAAGCGGAAGAAAGAAAACCAAUUACAACUUGUCACUGUUUUUCCAUGUGUCAGAAUACUAUUUCUUUCCAUUGCUUCAAAUGUGGUCUUGUUCAGAGAGCCCUGAUUUGGGGAAACUGUAAACAAAGUGCUUUGGGAUGGAACUCUUUGAUGUGUUGGAAUGACAUUGUUGUCACUGUACUGCCUCCGUAUGAAGAUUGUCACCAUGUGAAGCCUCAAGGAAUAAAUCCUGAAUGUUUGAAAUAAAAUGGAGCAUGUAUUCA